AUGCACGAAUACGACUUUGCGCUUCAUGAAACGGAACCAAUUGACAAGUUCCUCCCUACACCCGUUUCUAGUGUCGCAAUCAGAGUUACUAUCCACACUCGUCUAGGCCAUCCAGGACUUGACUUUUUCAAUAAGAGUGCCCACCAACUCGGAUCUCCAACCCUGAAAACUGGCAAAAUACCCCUCUUUCCCACUUGCACUUUAUCCAGGAAUAUUAUUAAAAAGGGUGAGCUAUCUAACACUGCUUAUACUCAACCACUGCAAUUAUGCAAACUGAUUCAUGCGGUGGUUUCCGCUGCAAGGCUAUUCACCUCUGACAAAUUUUUCUUGACCAUCCGUGAUGCCUACUCCCGCUACUAUUCACUAAUCCAUCUAAAGACCAAGGGAGAAGCUGCUGAAAAAUUUAUCGAAUGGAUUACCGCUACUGAAAACUACUUCUCCUCAAGAGGCAGUUAUCGUGUUGGUGCUAUCCGUACGGUUCGUACGGAUGACGCUGGCGGAUUUAAACUCAACUCUGCAUGA